CUUUGAAUCACAUUAUGUUUAUAAAUAUGUAUAUCAUCCUCUUGAUACAGUUUUAGAUGGCCUGUUGCAACACUUUCAUCUUCAUGAUCCCGAACAUCUUGCAAAGUGUAUUGCAGAAUGCAAGAGUUGGCAUCAUCAGCCGCCCUUUGGAUUUUUACCUUCUACAUUUAAUCAAGCCUGGGAAUAUUUUAAUGAUGUUGAGGAUAAAGAAGGAAAAAUUAUUUCUAAAGAAAUUAUAAUUAAAAGAAAUGAUACAACUUGUCUUCGGCCAAGUGGAAAUUUUGAACCUUAUUAUGGUGAUAUACAGACUGGAAUUACAUAUAUUCGGGUUUAUCUUCGAAAAGUUGAUGCUGCAAUUACUUAUACGUAUGAAGAAUACUCGUUAUAUCUUUUGAUGUGUGAAGUAAAAUUACCGAAUGCAUCAAGUUGUGGU